AACAAAGACAAAACUAACUAUGAAUUCAGCCAUAUCUUAUACUCUGGCUGCGCCGAAUACCGGGGAAAACAAGAGAAGAAGGCGUAUUCCGCAUUUACGUGUUCGCCGGAACGGCUCUUCUUUAUCCUCUCGCCGGGCAACCGACGCCGUCCACUCCGGCUUCGCCAGCUCGCCUCCACUCCACCGCCGUCGCCAUGGCCGACGCUAAAUCCAAAGGCCGAGCACCGACCACCGUUUCCAGCCCCACUCCCACCCCCACAUGGGCGCAACGAACCGAGGCCCUGACACACAUCCUGACCCACCCCUCCCACUCGCCGUCGCUCCACUCGCAGCUCUUCCUGGCGUCCCGCGUCCCGUGCCCUCCUCGGGGCUCCUCCUACCCGCCCUUCCUCUGCCCCGGAGCGUCGCUUCUCGGGUGGGCCCUCACCUCCGUCUUCCUCCCCCGCGCCGCGCGCCUUGGCCUGCCGCCUUCGUCCUGGCGCUCCCGGUGCCCCUUCCAGCUCCCGCCGCCGCUCGUGCCCUCCGCCGGCAUCGAGCCGGCACCGGAGCGGUGGAGCGAGGCCGAGCUCCAGGGGUACGCGCAGCGGCGGCGGGCUCGGAGGGGGCCCAUGAGGACGCGGCCGCCGGUGUCCAUGGCGGGGGUGGUGCUGACGACCGUGCCCAACAUCGUGAUCAUCGUGGUCAUCAUGCGGGAGCUCUUCUGGGUCCGGCCUGGCCGCUUCUGAGCCAUUUAGGAUCAGGAGGCACAUGGAUCUCAUCUGCUCCAUCAAGCAUAUGGGUCAUCUUAUGCAUUUUAGGGCGCGUCGCGUCGCUGGCUCCUACUAUCCUGUUAUCACAGUAGUUGGCGUUCCGGAGUUUGAUCGCUUGCCAUAGUCAAUGCGCUUACAGGUUGAGACACAAACACUGGACCCUAUUCAUGUCAAGAGAAGCUGCCUUGUAUUCCACCACCGGAAGAUUGGUACAUCCAGCCCAGUAGCGGUCAUUGGCCCAGUCAGUUAGUAUUGUUCUAUCCUCAAUCCGUCAUCAGGUACUUCUUGUUCAACAUUUUACCCGCAAGAUACGAGCUCCAAAAAGGAUAAAUGAAGUGAGGGGAAGGUUUACAAGGAUAGAGUGUCCAAGGAGCAAAGAGGUCCCAUAGACCCAAUAUGUCCUAUUCUUUCUUGCACUUGGUGUGUCAUUGUUAAGCUCAGAUCGGGAGCUGUUGUUCUUUGGCACGUUUAGACACAGUGUUCUGCGCAUGGUGCUUUUCGCCUUCCCGUUAGACAGCAGCAGAUUCUUCCAGCAACGAACUUGGUGAAACACCAUCACAGUGCAGAAACAAUUCAUCAUGCACAUUUCAUGCAAUUAUCCUCAUUGAUAGAGUAGUUGUGCUCAUAGGCAGCACGAGUCCAGUCCACAGCUAUCACUGAAAGUAGAUCAAACUGGUUGGAUGUUGAAUGCUGUUCAUCAAAGUUACGACUCUGUGCUUGGACGUCUGCUUGGCACCCUCAGCACUUCUGCUGAUCAGUGAAUGCAUAACAUGUUGGGAACUGGCAAAUGGCAACCCGCCUCUGGUUCCCUGCCCAGUCAAAUUUGCAGUACUUGUGCUUUAAUUUUGUGUUGAACUGCUGUGGUACGUGUCAGCAUGCAUACUCUGCUUGCAUCUCCUGUUACAAGGAUGUUGCAGAUGUUCCUUGGGAUGAGGUUGCAGGAACGUUCCACUGGAUACUCGCUGCUGCCAUCUUUGGCAGAUGCAUUGCCGGAGUAUCCCAUUCCCAUCCGCGUCAAGUGUGGCACGGUGGUGGUGGUCCACCAUGCAGAUCAUCUCCAAAGAUGGGAUAUUGAUUGUUGAUCUGUCAAGGUGGAGUGCUGCCAACUGUGAGCCGUUCCUGACAGUGUCACUAGACCAAGACGAGCUGUACUGGUUUCUAGAGUGCAGCCACAGCGUAAACACAGGGUUUCUGUCAUAAUCUUGCACAUUGAGGAGAAACCUGCCACUGGUGUUGUCCGUCGCCAUGAGCCUGCUGCAGAGUUUUAUCCCAUGAGCAUUGUUAAGCACUAGAUUGGUAUUGGCUGGGUUGGUGAAGGUGUCGAACCAACUGCCCUGGUAAGCACAGUCUCUGGUGUCUAUCGUAGGAUUCACAGAUAAAUUUUGGAUUCCAAAGCUCGGAGUGUGCUGAAGGAGCCACCCAGUCUGGGCUUCAACUGGCAUUCACAUGCUGUAGGUGGUGUAUCAAACGAUGGCCUUGUCGAACCAGAGGGUGACAAGCGAGCCAAAGGUUGUGUUGCGCUGAUGGAGCACUUGAGGAUGAGCAUCUUACGAGCAGGAUUGAGAAUUCGAGAGCCGCUAUUGCUCUUUGCUAGUUGCAGCAGCUCUUGCUUGAGGCAGUAAACCUUCCACAUUAUUGGGAGCAUGGUUGAUUUAGACCAUCAAGUUAAUCUCUUGCCUAAUAGUACUAUCCAGAAGACUUUGCCGACUUUCUGCAAACACGGCAAGAACAAAUCCUUCACUGCCUUAAUCGUUUGGAGCUUUUUCCUCUCCAAACAAUGGUUGAUUGCCCGAAGGCUGAGCUACCAUAAACUAUGGAUUUUUCUUGGUUAGAAGGAUAGGGGUGUCCCCGGGCCCAUUUUAUUGAAACGAAGCCAGCUGAAAACAGAAAUCAUGUUCAGUGUGCUGUCACACACAGCCACAAGUACAGGUAAAAUCCCAGGUAACAAAGACCUAUCCUAUUACUCCCUCCGUAAACUAAUAUAAGGUGUUUAGAUAGUGACCUAAACGCUCUUAUAUUAGUUUACGGAGGGAGUACAAGCCGAGGAGCCGCCAGCAUUUUUGCAAAGCUGGCCCACACACAGGAUAGUAAUCACGAAUCUGGAGUCUUGCCUUCCAUCCAGUGCAGUGCAGGGCAAUCGCUUGACGAGGGCUUCGUCCUGCCUGAACCAAUUGGUAAGCGUCAGACUUUGGUGCAGCUCAAGACCUCCAGUACAAUCAAAGGCUCCCGCCAAGGGUUUCAGCUGCAGGCAAGACGCAACAGUUGUUCGCGUCUGUGUUCCAUACGCCUGGUGUGUGUGAUCCUCCAAUUUCUCCAGCUGAGUAGGUUUGCACAAUCUUUUCCAGCCAUGGUUGAGAGUAAUCUGUCCCAUACAUCCAGCAAGCCUUUUCAUC